AUGUCAGCCCCGAACCCCCAAGGACCCGAGUUCAGACCCUUCCAGAGACUUCCUCGUGAGAUUCGUGCAAAGAUCUGGGUCGAGGCCAUCCCGCGACGACUUAUCAGCCCUCGCGUGGCAGGUACGACCUGGGUGCCCUUACCCCCCACCAUCGCAAGCGUUUGCAGCGAAUCUCGUUUCAUCGCACUGAAGUAUGGCCAGCCCUACGCCAUCGACAAGUACGAGAAGUGCCCAAGCAGCGGCUGGUUCACCCCUUCCCGCGACAUCGUCCUGUUCCAUGGCGACCGUACCCCAAAGUUCAAGUCCCACCCCGUCUUCGCGGCCAAGCUGUGGCGCGACGUUCAUUCUAUCGUCGUGCAGGACGCCUGGAGCCAAGGUGCCUCAAGAUCAGGUGUCACCCUGGAGCUCGCUAUGAAGCUGGCUGCGAGCAGUCCGAAGCUCAAGGAGAUCAUGAUAUUCCCUUGGGAGUCGCAGGUGUUUCAAAGACACUGGAUCGGCACAGGUAAUGGGGUAAUGUCUGUUGAGGCCGCUAGGUGGGACAAAGAGGCUUGCGAGGAGCUGUUUGGUGCCGGCUCAGUCAAGAUUGUUGAUUUGCGGGACCCGAAGGAGGUCAAGGCGGUCAAAUUGACAUUUGUAAGAAAUGACGUGCCUCCUGUGGUGAGGAUGAUCUCUUGGUCUCACAACAAGUACAUUGGCGCCCAACCUGAAGACAGAUAUUACUGGAACAACCUUGUGGUCAAGUGUCAGGUGGUUUGGCUCAAAGCCUGUUUCGAACAGACCAAAGCCCUACCAGGCAACAAGGACAGCAAAGACAGCAAGGACAGCAAGGACGAUGGCGGCAAUCGCAGCACGAAGGAUGACGAUUGCAAGCCUGUCCCGGUCCAAGUUUCCUCUCCUGCCGAUAUCGACAUCAACAACCCCUGGAUCCGUGAAACACUCGCGAAGAUGCCGUUGCUUCGCCCUGUCGUUCUUCUUGCUCAACAGCCCAAGCCACAGGAAAGGCUGUAUUUAAUGCAGACGCGAUACCGUUCACUUGUUAACGCACGAUCUCAUCGACCGCAAGGUGCUCCUGCACCCACCCUCACUUUUAAUGAGGAGUUCAAGCUUUGGAUGAAGACGGAGAGCAAGGUCGCCAAGAAGUAA